AUGCCUACACUCAACUGCCAAGCCUACAUCUGCGACCCUCGCCCGAAUUAUCCUCUUUUCAUCACAGCGAAGCGUUACUGGUUAUCUGAAGCAGACGUCUCGGGAGAUCCAGCGGAGCCUACCAUUGAGGAAUUGUAUGAUAAUGGCGGGCGCGAAGGAAAACCUCGGAUACGAGAAGCCUGGAGCAUUGAUUCGCCAAACGCUGGAGCGGCGGCGGUGCUGAACGAGAAGACGUUGCUGCAUGGGUAUUCUGUCUUUGAUUGCCAGGAGUAUGUCCGCGCUGUACACAUAUUCCUCACCGGUCUCGGCACGGGCGUCGACGUUGACUUUAGCACGCACAAUAUAGAAUACGGCUUACGGGAUCUACCCACUGCCUACUAUCCGGACAAGAAGGACGGUGUGACAUUAAAGUGUAGUAAAGUCCAGGAAAUUGCGACUUAUAUGGAGGAACUGGGAAGUCGAAGAGCAUACGAUUUCCUGCCGACCCUCUGUGCGACGAUGCCGGUACACUUUAUUUAUGGCACUAUUGAUGAUUUCCUACCACGGGCUGUGCAAGACUAUGUGCUCAAUGUCUGUGCAAAAGGAGAGUACACAUCAGCUAGACGUGUGGAGGGGGCGGGGCACAUGGUCCCACAGAUGCAGCCUAAAAGGUUGGCGGAUGCAAUUUGGGACAUAUUAGCCCACGAUCCAGUUCUCCGAUCAGCCAAUAAAUCCCUGAGCAGGCUUUGA